AUGACCGUUUCAGUGACAACAUUCGUGCUUGUUGCAUUGUUCGGUUCGAGCUCAUGGAUGGGAACAAACAGCGUUUGGGUCGAACUGCCGCUAUUAACAUCAGAGCUGCCGGAAGGCUGGAGUCUUCCAAGUUUUCUCGCCGCCGUUGUUCAGGUGGCUUGUAUAGCACCCCUAGUGUAUACAGUAGUUCAUAAAGGUGUGAAAUCGUUCACACUUCCCACAGCAAAGCUGAUAUUCAUGUUUCUAUCGUUAGCAUGCAUAUGCCAACUUGGUAUGUGUUUUUUUUGGAACAAACAUGGUGACUUAUUUGGCGCCGACCGCUCCUGGCCGCUCUAUCUUCUACUUUUCGGGCUCGCCAUUGUCAACGCAAUUUCCAGUGUAUUAUUUAUGCCAUUCAUGGCCCAAUUUCAUCCGGCUUACUUAAACGCUUAUUUUGUUGGAAUGGGUUUCAGCUCCUUAGUUCCUAGCAUUCUAUCGCUUAUUCAAGGCACUUCAAACUACGAAUGUGACAAAAAUGGCAAUCCAAAUUAUUUUCCACCGCGAUUCUCUGUAUCGGUGUUCUUUUUCAUUAUUUUCGCGUUUACGUGUGUCGCGUUAAUAGCGUUCACAAUUUUGUACAUAACUGGAGAGCAUAGGCAUUCAUCAUCAGGUGAGAAAAAAGCUCACGAAGGAACACCGCUGAAGAUGUGCUCACAAUCUCCAUGUCCCUCGCCACCACCAGAAGAGGAUAGUAAUAUUGAGAUUCAUGAAACAGGAGCGCCAGCUAUUGAUGGAAUUGUCACUGAAAUUGAGAGCUCACACGUUCAUGUAACUAGCAUUGACAGUGAUCCCAAUAGUGUUGAUUAUAUCACCGGCGUGAAGUAUGGGCUUCUACUGUUAGCAACAGCUCUUGUAAAUGCUCAAAUGAAUGGUGUGAUUCCUAGUAUUCAAAGCUACGCAUCACUUCCUUAUUCUCAAGCAACAUAUCAUUAUGGAAUCGCGUUUUCCAAUGUUGUCUCUCCAAUAAGCUCAUUCUUGCCAUUUUUCAUAUCGAUCAAAAACUUACCGAUUUUGGGAGUUCUUACGGUGUGCUCCUCGAUCGUCACCGGAUUCGUCGUGUUUCUGGCAGCGCUUUCACCAAAUCUUAUAUUUAAUUCAGUCACCUGGGGAAGUACGCUUUCGAUUGGAAGCUGCUUAAUCGCCGCUGGACUCCAUUCAUAUCUUCGCGUUGUAUUCGCUUCAAUCCUUCGUGAAGGCCACCAAUCCGAAUCGCGUUUGUUCUGGUGCGGCGUCUUCAUUCAGAUUGGCUCUUUCAUCGGCUCCGCUGUGAUGUUUCCACUGGUCAAUGUGCUCAAAUUAUUCAUCUCAGCACCACCUUGUCGAUCAAAUUAA